GGUUAAUGCAUGGAGGUUGUGCAGUCGCUGUACGUUGUGACGGGCGCGAAUGGCUUCAUCGGCUCCCACAUGGUGGACUAUCUUUUGGCGGAGGGCCACAGAGUGAGGGCCCUGACGCACAAGAACAGGGAGAGGCUGCAGCAUCUCAUCGACGCGCCACACGACUCAUUUGAGUGCUUGCAGGUGCGUGUGUGUCGAGAGAGAAAGAAAGAGAUGGACAGAUGUACUCAUUCAUCUGGUUCUACCGCAGGGUGAUCUGAGUGACUAUGCCUUUGUGCGUGAGGCAGUCGAGGGGGCAGAUGGCGUCUUUCACUUCGCAGCACUCAGCAGGGCGACCUCUCCGCUUCCUGAAUGCACAGAUGCGAACGUCGUCGGCACUCAGAAUGUCCUCAGAGCCCUUGCAGACGUCACCAGUGCAUCACCCGCAUCGGCAGACGGCAACAGUGCAUCACCCGCAUCGGCAGACGGCAAGAACGGCACCCUUCGACGCCCAAAAAUGGUGUUUGCGUCGUCUGCUCUCAUCUAUGGCAAUGCCGCAGCGCCGCAGAGCGAAGAUGCACCUCACGAUUUAAGGACGCCUUAUGCGUUGACCAAGUUUGUGGCUGAGAAGUACUGUGAGUACUUCAGCGAGCAUCAGGGCGUGCCGACGGUGCGGCUGCGGAUCUUCUUGGUGUAUGGCGAGAGGGAGAGCGGCACGCUGGUCGCCAUAUUCAGGCGACUCAAGAGAGAGGGGUAAGAAAGGGGAGAAGAGGAGGGAACGAACGCAUCUCAAACCAUCCGUUGGGGGUGUCUGUCUGUCUGUACUGCAGGAAGCCUGUGACGAUUUUUGGUGAUGGUUCGACAACUCGCGACUUCGUCCAUGUGUCCGAUGUGUGUGAGGCCGCCUAUCGCAGCAUGAUGCUCAUGUGCGAAGGGUCGCUGCCAUCCAGUUCCUCCCUCGCUCUCAACGUGGGCACAGGAGUCGAGACGAGUAUCAAGCAGGUGGCCGACAUCAUCUCGCCCGACGCACAGACACAUCAGCCUCCGCGACCCAACGACUGUGAGAGGAUGUGUGCUGACGUAAGCAGGAUGGAGAGGGUGCUCAAGUGGAGGCCGCAGACAGACUUUGUGGCGUGGCUGAGGGAGACUGUCAUGAGAGACCAGGAGAAAGAGGCAGGGGAUCAGACGUGAUUCCUGAGGGCUUAUGGAUGUCGGGGUUAAUUGUAUAAGUGUCGCUUGUCUCGGUGCGUGUGGCGUGACACUGUUGGUUCGGCCGGCCGUGCAAAUGCAAAUGCAGCAGCGUAGCCAACAGAAGAAGAAGAACCAUGCGAACCAAGAAAAUGUCCUUCCGUCAGUCCAUUCAUCCAUCAACAGCGAUGUACACGUUUGUUUGACAAGAGUCAGUCGCACUGUUAACGCAUACAUAAAUUACUCACACGUGUGUUUAGGGAAUGUGUAGUAUAUAUGUGUAGCCAUCCCAUCGACAGACAGACACGAAUGAAUGCACAUCAUGUCAUGUCAUGUAAUGUCGUGUGUGUGUGUACCUGUACGCACCGAUCGAUCAAUCAACUAUAGACAAAUACACCUACGCAUCGCUCACUGCUCUCACACAUAAUAUAUAGACGCUAUGUACAAGAUGCCCAACACCCCCCCCCCCCCCCCCCCCCCCCCCCCCCC